AUGGCACCUCGAUCCAGCAACACAUCCAAAAAACCCAACAAAAAGGAGAGUAGUAAAAAGAAGCUGUCCUCUUCCUCACAAACACAACCGCGCCGAAACACCAGCAAAACCGAACCCAACCAUCAUCAAGAUCACCUCAACCUCUCCACCACCAUCCCGCUGACUCUCCAGCAACUGUUACUAAAUGUGUUCAAAACUGCCUUGCUCACAAACGGGCACAAUUAUCUCCAUAACCGGGAGGAGACGAAGAAGAACGACAAUGAUGAAUCCGGAGCCACCACUGCUGAUUCAGCAGAGCAACAGCAGGAACAGCAGCAACUAGACAUCAAAAGUCUGAUCCAGACAAUCAAAACCCAUUUGUAUAAUCGUGACUUUGACUCCGCUUUUACAGAUGCCAAUGAGGACUUGCUUCGUGCUUAUGCGUUGCGGUGGAGCUCGUCCAGGGCGUUGGGGUAUGCGGGCAUCUUUCGCGCGCUGUUGAGGGAGGUGGUUAAGCCUGUUUCUGACCAUACUGCUGCUGCUGCUACUACUUCUACGAAUAAUGUCGUGUGUAUUGGAGGUGGCGCGGGUGCUGAGAUUGUUGCGCUUGCGGCUGCGUGGAGGGAUUUUCUGGAUGGUGCUGAACUACGAUUUUCUUCUGCAAGAGAUGAGGAUCAGAUUGCAGAUGCUGUUGAGGCGGUAUCUUUGGACGAUGGGAAAGAAGAAGAAGGUAGCAAAGAAGCAGUAAAACAACCAACUUCUACCACCACUUCUACUACUACUACUACCACCUACCCCGGCCUCUCCGUCACGGCGGUAGACAUCGCAGACUGGUCAAAGGUAGUUGAGCGCUUAUCCACCGCUAUUCAAUCUCCCACAGUGACAGGGUCAAAGUCGCAUCCUGCUCCAUUGUUACCCUCCAACAAAGACGAAGAAAAGAAGACACCCAGCUUCAGCGUUGGCUUUGAGAAGCUAGAUGUUCUCUCCACGGGGGAGAAGGAACUUCAGGGAUUAUUCUCGCGGCAGGAAGCGGAAUCAUGCUCUACUGUCCUGGUAACGUUGAUGUUCACUUUGAAUGAACUGUUCUCGACAUCUAUGGCCAAGGCUACAGGGUUUUUGUUGCGCAUGACGGAUAUGUUGCGGCCUGGAACGGUGCUGCUUGUGGUGGAUAGCCCCGGGAGUUAUUCGACGCUGAAGUUGGGCAAGGGUGGUGAUGGGGAAGUGCGGGAGAGACAGUAUCCGAUGAAGUUCUUGUUGGAUCAUACGCUGCUGUCGGUGGCGGAGGGCAAGUGGGAACGGUUGAUGUCGGAGGAUUCGAGGUGGUGGAGGAGAAAUGCGGCCAGGUUGAGGUAUGAUGUUGGGGAGGGGGCUGGGCUGGAGGAUAUGAGGUUUCAGGUUCAUGUUUAUCGGAGGGUGGGGGAGUAG